CUGUCUCUGAACUCUAAUUCACUUCCUCUCACUUUAAAACUUGCUUCCUCUGAAUCUGGUCACCACGGAGAUAAAACUGUAGCAGCAUACAAAAAAACAGAAACAGAAGAAGAAGAAGAGGAAGAAGAAGAAGAGCAAGACAGCCUAAUGACCACAUGAUGAGCGUGUGUGCUGAGGAAGAGGAGGGAGCAGAGGAAGCUUCAGCCUGGUCCACAGAGUCACGUCCAGUCUUCAGUUGCCAUCUGUCACAAACACAGAUCAGGUCUGAGUCUUCAGCCAGCAGCCAUCUGUCUGUGAAGAGUGACUGGUCCAAAGAUUCACCUCCAUACUUCAGUGAUCAGCUCCCACACACAAAGAUCAGGUCUGAGUCUUCAGACAGCAGCCGUCUGUCUGUGAAGAGUGACUGGUCCAAAGAUUCACCUCCAUACUUCAGUGAUCAGCUCCCACACACAAAGAGUCAGGAUGUCCUGAGGGAUCCAGUCUCUACCAGCUGUGGACACUGGGGACAGGGAGAGUCUCCUGAUGAACCAGUGGAACCAUUCUGGUCCCACAUUGAAGACAGAUCCAGAACAAGAGCUGAGCUGCAGACAGCCAGUCAGAGCAGCACUGUACAAAUGGACGUUGGUCUGCAGGAGGUUUUAGAUGAACAUAAGAUCAGUCUGAAGAGGAGAUGUGGACGUGUGACUGAAGGAAGUGAUGAAACAGGAAGUGAAACCCUCCUCAACAGGAUCUACACUGAGCUCUACAUCACAGAGGGACAGAGUGAAGAGGUUAAUACCCAACAUGAGGUGAAGCAGCUUGAGAGAGCUUCUAAGAUGAAGACCCUCCAUGAAACUCCAAUCAAGUGUCAGCACAUCUUUAAAGCCUUACCUGACCAACAGAAACACAUCAGAGUGGUUCUGACCAACGGCGUCGCUGGCGUUGGAAAAACCUUCACAGUGCAGAAGUUCACUCUGGACUGGGCCGAGGGUUUGGAAAACCAAGAUGUCAGUCUGGUGAUUCUGCUUUCGUUCAGGGAGCUGAACUUGAUCAGAGAUGAGAAGUUCAGUCUUCUCACUCUGCUCCGUGUUUUCCAUCCAACAUUACAGAAGGUCACAGCAGAGGAGCUCGCUGUCUGUAAAGUUCUGUUCAUCUUUGACGGCCUGGAUGAAAGCAGACUGGCUCUGGAUUUCCACAACAAUGAGGUUGUGACUGAUGUCACACAGAAGUCAUCAGUCAACGUGCUGUUGACAAACCUCAUCAAGGGGAAGCUGCUUCCCUCGGCUCUGGUCUGGAUAACUUCCCGACCUGCAGCAGCCAAUCAGAUCCCUCCUGCAUGUGUUGACAGGGUAACAGAAGUACGAGGCUUCACUGACGCCCAGAAGGAGGAGUACUUCAGGAGGAGAGUCAGUGAUGAAGAGCGGUCCAGCAGAAUCAUCUCACACAUGAAGACAUCCAGGAGCCUCCACAUCAUGUGUCUAAUCCCAGUCUUCUGCUGGAUCACUGCUACAGUUCUGGAUCACAUGUUGACUACAGAGCAGAGAGGAGAGCUGCCCAAGACCCUGACUGACCUGUACUCACACUUCCUGCUGGUUCAGACAAAGAGGAAGAAGCACAAGUAUGUUGAGGGACGCAAGACGAGUCCACAGGAGCUGACGGAGGCUGACAGGGACGUUCUUCUGAAGCUGGGGAGGCUGGCGUUUGAACAUCUGGAGAAAGGAAACAUCAUGUUCUACCAAGAAGACCUGGAGCGCUGUGGUCUUGAUGUCACAGAGGCCUCGGUGUACUCGGGAGUUUGUACAGAGAUCUUCAAAAGAGAGUGUGUGAUCUUCCAGAAAACAGUCUACUGUUUUGUUCAUCUGAGCGUUCAGGAGUUUCUGGCUGCAGUCUACCUGUUCCACUGUUUCACCAACAGUAAGACAGAAGUACUGGAGCACUUCCUGGGGGAGGAGGAGGAGGAUGAUUAUGAUGAUUAUGGUGAAGACCAUUACCCAUCUCUGGAUGAGUUCCUGAGCAGAGCCAUGGAGAAAUCCCUGGAGAGUGAAAAUGGUCACCUGGACCUGUUUGUUCGCUUCCUUCAUGGCCUCUCUCUGGAGUCCAACCACAGACUGUUAGGAGGUCUGCUGGGUCGGACAGACAACAGUCCAGAAAACAUCCAGAGAGCCAUCAACAACCUGAAGGAGAUGAAGGCCAAGUUUAUCUCUCCUGACAGAAGCAUCAACAUCUUCCACUGUCUGACGGAGAUGAACGACCACUCAGUUCAUCAGGAGAUCCAAGAGUUCCUGAAGUCAGAGAACAGAUUCAAGAAGGAACUCUCUGUGAUCCACUGCUCAGCUCUGGCCUACAUGCUGCAGAUGUCAGAGGAGGUUCUGGAUGAGUUGGACCUGGAGAAGUACAACACAUCAUGGGAGGGACGACUCAGACUCAUCACAGCUGUGAGGAACUGCAGAAAGGCUCGACUUCCUGAAUGUUGGCAGUCAGAAACUCACUAUGACCUGGUGGCCUCAGCUCUGAAGUCCAACCCCUCCCAUCUGAGAGAGCUGGACAUGAGAGGAAGCAAGCUGAAGGAUUCAGGAGUGAAGCUGCUGUCUGCUGGACUGGAGAGUCCACACUGUAGACUGGAAGCACUUUCAUUUGCUAACUGUGGACUGUCAGAGAUCAGCUGUGUUUCUCUGGCCUCAGUUCUGAAGUCGAACCCCUCUCACCUGAGAGAGCUGGACCUGAGCAGAAACAACCUGCAGGAUUCAGGAGUUGAGCUGCUCUCCUCUGGACUGGAGAGUCUACAGUGCCGACUGGAGACUCUGAGAUUGAGUGGCUGCAGUUUGUCAGAGAUCAGCUGUGUUUCUCUGGCCUCAGCUCUGAAGUCCAACCCCUCCCAUCUGACAGAGCUGGACCUGAGCGAAAACAACCUGCAGGAUUCAGGAGUGAAGCUGCUGUGUGAUUUUCUGGAGAGUCCACACUGUAGACUGAAGACUCUGAGACUUAAUCACUGUGAACUACCAGAGAUCAGCUGUUUUUCUCUGGCCUCCACUCUGAAGUCCAACCCCUCCCAUCUGACAGAGCUGGACCUGAGCUACAACAAGCUGCAGGAUUCAGGAGUAAAGCUGCUGUCUCCUGGUUUGGAGAGUCCACACUGUAGACUGGAGACUCUGAGCAGCCUCAGCAAAGAAGCCCAGACAGUCCUCUCCCCAGCCACUUCCGUCAGCUCUUCCGAGGGAACCCCAAGGCGUUCCCAGGCCAGCCAGGCGAUGUAAUCCCUCCAGCGUGUCCUGGGGCAGCCCACGAGGUCUCCUCCCAGUUGCACAUGCCCGAAACACCUCCCAGGGGAGGCGUCCGGAAGGCAUCCUUACCAGAUGACCGAACCACCUCAUCUGGCUCCUCUCGAUGUGGAGGAGCAGCGGCUCUACUCCGAGUCCCUCCCAGAUGUCCGAGCUCCUCACCCUAUCUCUAAGGCUGAGCCCAGCCACCCUGCGGAAGAAACUCAUCUCGGCCACUUGCACUCAUGAUCUCAUUCU